CUUGCCGCCGCCGGGGAAGCAGGGCGGGAGGGAGGAGCGGGAGGAGGAGGAGGAGGAGACAAGCAGCUUACACACGCCUUCCCGUCCUCCACUCAGAGCAGCCCGAGCCCGCGGCCGCCGCCACUGCUCCAGCUGCCGCCGCUCCAGGCACUGCCGCGGCUGCCACCUGAGGAGACCCACGGUGCGAGCCCAAGGCGCUGCCCUGCCGACCCCUCCGAGGUCCCCGUGACCCGUGGACGGUCCCGACCCUCAUUACUCUUCUUAUCCUCUCCUUGGCAAGAAGAAAAAGUAGCAGAAGAUAGCAGCCAAAAAGCACCGCGUCCACCUUGACUGACUACUGAAGCGUCGUCUCCUGGAAUACGAGGGUCCCCUGUCCUGGAAGGAGCAGCCAAAGACACUGAGAGAGGGCGUGGAGGGGGAGGAAGGAGUUGCGGGUUGCGCGUGGAGGAAAGUUGCGUGUGGCUUAGACCCGACGGCGCAGCGCCACGAUCCCCCAGGGACCGUGUGUCUGGAAAAACGCCGCCGUCCCUUUGAGUCGGGACCCACGAGCGAGCGGGCCCCGUGGGCCCGGGGACGACGUCCCCUUCUGCGGCGUGGACUUUGUGGGUGGCCCUCGAGGAGGAGGAGGAAUAUGGCACCUAAGGUGUCCCCUUCUUGCCGUCUGGUUUUCUGCCUCUUGAUCUCUGCCGCGGUCCUCAGACCAGGGAAAGGAUUCUCAUUGCCUCAGCUUGACUCAGGUGUGUCAGGCCUUGGAUGGUCCACUGUCAACUCAGCUUAUGGAGAUACCAUUGUCAUGCCUUGCCGACUCGAUGUACCUCAGAACCUCAUGUUUGGCAAAUGGAAAUAUGAAAAGCCCGACGGGUCCCCAGUGUUUAUUGCAUUCCGAUCCUCUACAAAGAAAAGUGUGCAGUAUGAUGAUGUACCAGAGUACAAGGACAGACUGAACCUCUCAGAAAACUACACUUUGUCUAUCAACAAUGCAAAGAUCAGCGAUGAAAAGAGAUUUGUGUGCAUGCUCGUGACUGAGGACAACGUGUUCGAGGCACCUACACUAGUCAAGGUGUUCAAGCAACCAUCUAAACCUGAAAUUGUAAACAAAGCACCAUAUCUUGAAACAGAGAAGCUACAGAAGUUAGGUGACUGCAUUUCAAGGGACAGUUACCCAGAUGGCAACAUCACUUGGUACAGGAAUGGGAAAGUUCUGCAACCCCUUUUAGGAGAGGUGGCCAUACUUUUGAAAAAUGAAAUUGAUCCAGUUACUCAGUUGUAUACCAUGACUUCAUCCUUGGAGUAUAAGACAACCAAGGCUGAUAUCCAAAUGCCAUUCACUUGUUCUGUGACAUAUUACGGACCCUCUGGCCAGAAGACAAUCCAUUCGGAACAAGCAGUCUUUGAUAUUUACUAUCCUACAGAGCAGGUGACAAUACAAGUGCUGCCACCAAAAACUGCCGUCAAAGAAGGAGACAACAUCACUCUUCAGUGCUUGGGCAAUGGCAACCCGCCUCCUGCGGAGUUCAUGUUUUACUUACCAGGACAGCCUGAGGGAAUAAGAAGCUCAAAUACUUACACACUGACAGAUGUGAGGCGCAAUGCCACAGGAGACUACAAAUGCUCGCUCAUCGACCAAAAAAGCAUGAUUGCUUCAACAGCCAUCACAGUUCACUAUUUGGAUUUGUCCUUAAACCCAAGUGGGGAAGUGACCAAGCAGAUCGGCGAUGCCCUGCCUGUGUCGUGCACAAUAUCCGCCAGUAGGAAUGCGACCGUGGUGUGGAUGAAAGAUAAUAUCAGGCUUCGAUCAAGCCCAUCAUUUUCUAGCCUUCAUUAUCAGGAUGCCGGAAACUACGUCUGUGAAACGGCUCUUCAGGAGGUUGAAGGGCUGAAGAAAAGGGAAUCACUGACACUCAUUGUAGAAGGAAAACCUCAAAUCAAAAUGACGAAGAAAACUGACCCCAGUGGCCUGUCUAAAACCAUAAUUUGCCAUGUGGAAGGGUUUCCGAAACCAGCUAUCCAGUGGACCAUUACUGGCAGUGGAAGCGUCAUAAACCAAGCAAAGGAGUCUCCUUAUAUCAAUGGCAGGUAUUAUAGUAAAAUUAUCAUUUCCCCCGAGGAGAAUGUUACACUAACUUGCACAGCAGAAAACCAACUGGAGAGAACAGUAAACUCCCUCAAUGUCUCUGCGAUAAGUAUUCCAGAACACGAUGAGGCAGACGAUAUAAGUGAUGAGAACAGAGAAAAGGUGAAUGACCAGGCAAAACUAAUUGUGGGAAUUGUAGUUGGUCUCCUACUUGCUGCGCUCGUGGCUGGUGUCGUCUAUUGGCUCUACAUGAAGAAAUCCAAAACUGCAUCAAAACACGUCAACAAGGACCUUGGCAAUAUGGAGGAGAAUAAAAAGCUAGAGGAAAACAACCACAAAACAGAAGCCUAAAAGAGGAGUGGUUCCAAGUCUCCAG